CUCCACCACUCCUCCUCCCCCUCUCCGCGGAUCACCCACCGAACCCACGCGAAACCGGCGUCCAGAUCUUCUCCCCCGCGGUUCAGAUCCCCGGACGCAGCCGGCGCCUUCUGACUUGGGUUGGCACAGCCGUACAGGUUGCUUUGCGCUGCGGUGGAUCUCCUGGCGUGGCGACAUGGGCCUGGGUUUGGGAGCUCUUCUCAAAUCCGGCGGGCUCUCGGUCUCGGAUCACGACGCCAUCGUCUCGAUUAACAUCUUCAUCGCGCUGCUCUGCAGCUGCAUUGUCAUCGGCCACUUGCUGGAAGGGAACCGAUGGGUGAACGAGUCCAUCACCGCGCUUGUCAUGGGCCUCAUCACCGGAGGCGUCAUCCUGCUGGUUACUAAUGGGACAAACUCACGCAUUCUUGUGUUCAGCGAGGACCUGUUUUUCAUAUAUUUACUUCCGCCGAUAAUCUUCAAUGCCGGGUUUCAAGUAAAGAAAAAGCAAUUCUUCCGCAACUUUAUAACAAUUAUUUUGUUUGGUGCUAUUGGGACUCUGAUUUCCUUUGUAAUAAUCUCUCUUGGUGCUAUGGGGUUGUUCAAGAAACUUGAUGUUGGUCCACUCGAGCUUGGGGACUAUCUUGCAAUUGGUGCUAUUUUCUCGGCAACAGAUUCUGUUUGCACCUUACAGGUGCUUAACCAGGAUGAAACACCCCUACUCUAUAGUCUAGUUUUUGGUGAAGGUGUUGUUAAUGAUGCCACAUCUGUUGUGCUCUUCAAUGCAAUUGAAAACCUUGAUAUUGAUAAUUUUGAUGCUAUUGUUCUGUUGAAUUUCGUCGGAAAAUUUCUCUACUUGUUCUUCACCAGCACCAUACUUGGAGUAGCUACCGGGUUGCUUAGUGCAUACAUUAUCAAGAAGCUCUGCUUUGCCAGACAUUCAACUGAUAGAGAAGUUUCUAUCAUGAUACUCAUGGCAUACCUUUCAUACAUGAUAUCAAUGCUGUUGGACCUGAGUGGAAUUCUUACUGUCUUCUUCUGUGGAAUAGUAAUGUCACAUUACACUUGGCAUAAUGUGACAGAAAGUUCUAGGGUUACCACCAAGCAUACUUUUGCAACUUUAUCAUUCAUUGCAGAAAUUUUCCUUUUCCUCUAUGUUGGGAUGGAUGCAUUGGACAUUGAGAAGUGGAAAUUAGCUAGUAGCAGUCCUAAGAAACCAAUUGCUUUAAGUGCAAUUAUUUUGGGCUUGGUUAUGGUUGGAAGAGCGGCAUUUGUAUUCCCUUUGUCGUUCUUAUCCAACCUAAGCAAAAAGGAGGCCCGUCCAAAGAUCUCCUUCAAGCAACAAGUAAUCAUAUGGUGGGCUGGUCUCAUGAGAGGAGCAGUGUCAAUUGCGCUUGCCUAUAACAAGUUUACAGCAUCUGGUCACACUGAAGUGCGAGUCAAUGCUAUCAUGAUCACCAGCACAGUUAUUGUUGUUCUAUUCAGCACAAUGGUUUUCGGCCUGCUGACGAAGCCGCUUCUCAGUCUCCUCAUCCCACCAAGGACUGGACUGAACACGUCGUCUCUGCUCUCAAGCCAGUCUAUGCUGGACCCACUCCUUACUAGCAUGAUGGGGUCUGACUUUGAUGUAGGGCAGAUCAACUCCCCUCAAUACAACCUCCAGUUCAUUCUCACCGCGCCAGCUCGCUCCGUCCAUCGCCUUUGGCGCAAGUUUGACGAUCGGUUCAUGCGCCCGGUGUUCGGGGGGCGAGGUUUCGUCCCCUUUGUGCCUGGUUCGCCGGUGGAGAGGAGUGUCCCUGAAUCUCACCUGGGCACUGUGACGGAGGCUGAGCGCAGUUGAAAUGAGGCAAGAGGGAUGCCGACAAUUUUCUGUAGAUCUUCAGACAGAUACCACUCAUACUCCUAUUUUAUUUUCAGAAUCCACUGGUGCGAAUUGUUCUUUGUAGUACCUUGUGCAUAUAGUUUUAUAUAGAGCUGCUACACAAGCUGCUGUAAAUUUCUGGGAGGCACUCCCAACUGUAGAUUACUGCAAUUCAUCUGUAAAUUUCAAUCUUGUUCAAGAAGAAUGAUCAUAU